UCAUCAGGCUACUCGCGACCUGCAGGUCGCGUCCAAGUUCGCAAACUGCGCGCAGCGUAUUGCACUCAUGCUCGCCGACAUGGCCAAGUGCAUGCCACGCUUCGAAGAGUACGCCCGUCUUUUCCCGACGAGCGACCGACUGCAGCUUCGGUUGGUGGAUGUUUAUCAAAUAUUUGUCCUGUUCUGCGUCGAAUCAUUCAAGUUCUUCAGAUCCAAGCUCGCCUUCCUUGUCGUCAUCGUGACCUGGAGGUCCAUGGAUAAGCGAUUCGAAAAUGCCCUCGCACAGCUCAAGGAGGGAAAGCAGGAACUGGAGAACGAAGUUAGGGCUGCCAACAUUCAGGUCGCGUUUGUCCGAGAAUCUGCGGCGGAGAAACGUCACCAGGAUGUGAUCGAUGCCAUCCCCGCGGCCUUCAACGUUGCUCGUCUGAUCAAGCCAUCGGAACUUCUACAUGAGGAUCAGAACCCUCAUUUUGUGGGGCGUGACGAGGAGCUGACCAUGAUACGAAGCCAUGUCCUCCAUGCCGCCCCCCCUGGCACCAAAAGACUGAAAAGGGUCGCGAUCCACGGCAUUGGUGGCAUGGGCAAGAGCCAGCUGGCCUUGGAGUACACCUUUCAGUUGCGGUCCUCUUUCAGGGCAGUUUUUUGGAUUCGAUCUGAAGUCAACACGGUGCUUCAGCAGGACUUUGGGCAGAUUGCGAGGAUUCUUGGCACAGACCAGGUUGCCGGAAAAGACCUCGAAUGGAGCAUACAAGCUGCGAAGGACUGGCUCUCGGGAACAGACGAGCCGUGGCUUCUUGUUUUCGACAACGUCAACGACGCAGACGCCGUGCUCAAAUACUGGCCCCAUUCGGGCAAUGGCAUCGUUAUCGUUACGACACGAGACAGGGAAAUCGCCCAACUUCUUGCCGGCGGCAGCCUGAUGCUCGAGCUCAAUGGCCUCAAGGAAACCGAGGCGGCUGAUAUCCUUGGCAAGAUCGAUCCCCGCAUCAGCAAAUCGCCGCUCGCCAGCAGCGUCGCGAAUGAGGUUGGCAGGAUGCCCCUGGCGCUCUGUCAAAUGGGCAGCUACCUUCGACAGACAGGUUGUGACGUCGACCAGUUCCUCCAGGCACUGAAGGAACACUCAGAGAAGCUAUACUCAGACGUGGACAGCAUCAAAUCCUUGCGGUAUUCCGACACCCUCGCCAAGUGCUGCGACCUGUCCAUUGGUCUCCUGAAGGGACAAGCCCUUCAUCUCCUUGGUGUCCUCGCCUUCUUUCAGACAGACAACAUACAGGAGGUCCUGAUCAUUCAGGGCUGCGCGACCGUCCCGCGUAUACAGCACUUGCGAGACUUCAUGGAAUGGAACGAUUCGAUCCGCACCCUGGCGAGGCACAGCCUGGUUUCGCAUCUCAUAGGACCAUCAGGCAGCAUGAUACGCAUCCACCGAGUGAUCAAGCGGCGUGUGCUUCAAUUUCUCGACCUUAAAGUCCCCCCCCUUCGAGCCUACGCCUUCGAGGACGCCGCCUGUCUUCUCAACCAGGCGUUCCCCCAGAGGCCACCUGACGGUGGAACCAUGUCAAAAAAAUGGACAGAAUGCGCGCUGUGGAUCCCACACAUCCUCAGCUUAAGAGAUGAGUUUGUGCUACUCAGAAAGCCAGGGGAGACUAUUCCAGACAGCUACGUCGAGGUCCUGGUGAACUGCGCUUACUACAUGUGGGAGCGGGGCUCGGCAGAGGCUUCAAGUGUGGCGUCCCACGCCCUUGACGUUUGCAUCGAGGCAGGCAACUUUGAGUCGAGCCCAUUGUGCGCCGAUAUCCUCACAGUCGUGGGGGCGUUGAAGAUGGGGGCCCGCGAAACGCGCCAGGAGGCUCCCGACUUUUUCAAGAGAGCCUUGGAUGUCAGAAAGCGCUACUCCGAAACGCCGAUGCUUCCCCUAAGUCGGGAUGACCAUCGGCAGCUCGCUAAUGCCUACAACAACACAGGGGUUGGAGCUCUGAUCGUCGAGAAGUACGACGAAGCCCUCGAGUUGUUCAAGUCAAGCAUGGGCGCCAAAGAGUCCCUUGGCACCGAGAAAACACUGCCCUACGACUUUGCCAUCAGCCAUUACAACAUCGGCCGGGUGUAUAUGGAGCAAGGGCUGACUUCGGAGGCUUUAGCUCAUGUGAAACGGGCAUUGGAGCUGGCCGAGGGCCAUAAUGGCGCAAAUGACUACCGGAGCAACCAAUUCCGCUUCACAUAUGCUGAUCUGCUAGUCGCCACCGGGUCGCUCGACGAGGGGCUAAAGGCCCACGAGGAUACUCACAAAAGCCGCGAAGAAUUCAUGGGAGCAUCCAGCCAUGAUGUUGCUGUCAGCCACUACGGGCUCAGCUGCGUGUAUCAGAAGCUAGGACGGCUUGAAGAUGCAAGACGAAAUAUCGAUCUUGCCAUCGGGAUUUUCAGCGAUUUCCCUGGUGCGGAGGAUCGCUUGGCGAGAUCGUAUUUCAGGAGGUCUCUGAUACUCGACGAUCUCCAAGAUUCUGUCGGUGCACUAAACUCCAUUACUGAUGCAAAGGAAACUCGUGCGCGGGUAGAUGGACAAUCUCGGGCAGGAAAGAACACGAUGAAGGACUACGAUUCACUAGUUUGCUACUACAACAGGUAAAGGAAGGAGGAAAAAACUACAAGGACUCAGGAUCCACCUCUCAGUCGAUACAGCUGUGUCACAGAUCAGAAAAGACGACCGCUCUGGCUUCUAUGCUGAACCGGGGGUGCUGAGAAUCCGGAAUAGCGUGCUCUG